AUGUCUCUUUCCAACAAGCUCGCUAUUACUGACGUCGAUCUUAAAGACAAGCGUGUCCUGAUCCGGGUCGACUUCAACGUCCCUCUCGAUGAGAACAAGAAGGUGACUAACACCCAGCGUAUCGCCGGUGCUUUGCCCACAAUCAAGUAUGCUGUCGACAACGGUGCUAAGGCGGUUGUCCUCAUGUCCCACCUCGGCCGCCCCGAUGGCAAGAAAAACCCCAAAUACAGUCUGAAACCCGUGGUUCCCGAGCUGGAGAAGCUGCUCGGCAGGAGCGUCAUCUUCACGGAAGACUGUGUUGGCAAGGCUGCUGAGGACACCGUCAACAACGCUUCCGGUGGCCAGGUAAUACUCCUUGAGAACCUGCGUUUCCAUGCGGAGGAGGAAGGUAGCUACAAGGAUGAAGAGGGCAAGAAGGUCAAGGCCGAUAAGGAGAAGGUCGCCGAAUUCCGUAAGGGAUUGACUGCCUUGGGUGAUAUCUACAUCAACGAUGCUUUUGGAACCGCCCACCGUGCCCAUAGCUCUAUGGUUGGUGUGGAUCUGCCCCAGAAGGCUUCCGGUUUCCUGGUGAAGAAGGAGCUUGAGUACUUUGCCAAGGCUCUGGAGAACCCCCAGCGCCCAUUCCUGGCCAUUCUCGGAGGCGCCAAGGUCUCUGAUAAGAUCCAGCUGAUCGACAACCUGCUCCCCAAGGUCAACAGCCUCAUCAUCACCGGUGCCAUGGCCUUCACCUUCAAGAAGACCCUGGAGAACGUCAAGAUCGGCAACAGCCUGUUCGAUGAAGCUGGCAGCAAGAUCGUCGGCGACAUUGUUGAGAAGGCCAAGAAGAACAACGUCCAGAUUGUUCUGCCCGUUGACUAUGUGACGGCCGACAAGUUCGCUGCGGACGCAAAGACUGGCUAUGCCACCGAUGCUGAGGGCAUCCCCGACGGCUACAUGGGCCUGGACGUUGGUGAGAAGAGUGUCGAACUGUACAAGAAGACUAUCGCCGAAGCUAAGACCAUCUUGUGGAAUGGACCCCCCGGUGUCUUCGAGUUGGAGCCCUUCGCCAAAGCUACUAAGGAGACUCUCGACGCUGCCGUCGCGGCUGCCCAGUCCGGCAGCAUUGUCAUUAUCGGUGGUGGUGACACUGCCACCGUUGCUGCCAAGUUCGGGGCUGAGGAGAAGCUCAGCCAUGUCUCUACCGGUGGUGGUGCCUCAUUGGAACUUCUGGAGGGCAAGGAGCUGCCCGGCGUCGCUGCCCUGUCAAGUAAGUAA